UUGUGAUUGGCGAGGGUUUCUUCCUGCCCUGCCCCUUUCCCUGGGAAAGUGGCCUCUGGGAUCUGGUCUGAGUCCCCUUGGAGGGGAGUCUCUCAGUCGAGGGUGGCUGACGCAAAGGAGGACAAAGUGAUGGCUUUGCAGAACUCAAUGGCCCAACCAAUUAUAGCCAUUUCUUUUGUGAGAAAGAAUCCAGUGGAAGAAUAACUUCACCCUGCUGUCUUUGCAGCGCAGAAUUAGAGACAGAAUGCAAGGCUUGGCUGACCCAGAUACCAUCAUGAUGGGUAGCAGUGAGGAAUGCUGGGAAAGACCUGUGCAGAAGAUCCCGGAUGAGAACAUGCUCAGUUCAGAUGUACAGCGCCAGCAUUUCAGGCAGUUCCGCUACCAGGAGGCCAAGGGGCCCCGAGAGGUCUGCAACCGACUCCACAAUCUUUGCCAUCAGUGGCUCAAACCAGAACACCACACAAAAAAACAAGUGCUGGACCUGGUGAUCCUGGAACAAUUCCUGACUGUCCUACCCCUGGAGAUGAAGAACUGGGUCAGAGAUUGUGGGCCAGAGACUAGUUCCCAGGCAGUGGCCCUGGCAGAAGCUUUCCUCUUAAGCCAGGCAGAGGACAGGAAGCAGGAAGAACAGCAGAGUGAGUUGGCUGAAGUGACUACCGUUUUCUUUGAGGCAGAGAAGGCUCUAUCAGAUGCCAGAGAGAGUUUGCUAUUCAGAAGGAUCUCUCAGGAGGGUGGCGGAGUGUCCACCUCGCUGGGCGGUGGAGUAACCUUGCCAAUGUGGACAGAGUUGCCUCCCCUGUGUGGUGGUGGUGGAGAAAUGGCUUCCAUACAACCAGAUCAGAGUCCCAUCUCCUUUGAAGAAGUGGCUGUGCAUUUCACAGAGGAGGAGUGGGCUUUGCUGGAUCCAGACCAAAGAGUCCUGCACAGAGAAAUCAUGGAAGAGAUAAGCUGGAAUGUGACCUCUCUCGCAGGUGAUUGGUGGAAGAAUAAGGAAGAACCAGGCAGAGCAUUAAUGGAAAGACUGAGAUGUAAACAGGGAGGACAAGAGAGAAAGGAAAAUGAAAUAAAACAAGCAUCUUAUGCUCUUGAUGCUGGUGUCUGCCAAGAAACUCCAAUUCAAGAAGAAAUAAAGCGGGGAAAUGAAAAGAGAAAGUACCUCUCCUAUGGAAACAGUUUCAGUUGUAAAUUGCGUGUUAAACAUAAUUGGAGAAUCAAGACUGGGGAGAAGCCAUUUAAGUGCUUGGAGUGUGGAAAAAGCUUCAGUGAGAAAUCAUCUCUUCAAAAACAUCAAGCACAUCACACAGGAGAUAAACCAUAUAAAUGUAUGGAGUGUGAAAAGAACUUUAGUCGGAGCUCAGUUCUUAUACAACAUCAAAUAAUUCACACAGGAGAGAGGCCAUUUAAAUGCUUGGAGUGUGGAAAGAGCUUCAAUCGGAGCUCAGUCCUUACUAUCCAUCAAAGAAUGCACACAGUAGAGAAACCAUAUAAAUGUUUGGAGUGUGGAAAGAGCUUCAGUCAGAGGUCAGAUCUUAUACAUCAUCAAAGAAUUCACACAGGAGAGAAACCAUUUAAAUGCUUGGAGUGUGGAAAGAGCUUUAGUAGGAGCUCAGUCCUUGCUAUCCAUCAAAGAAUUCACACAGGCGAGAAGCCGUUUAAAUGUUUGGAGUGUGGAAAAAGCUUUAGUCGGAGCUCAGUCCUUGCUGUCCAUCAAAGAAUCCAUACAGGAGAAAAGCUGUUUAAAUGUUUGGAGUGUGGAAAGAGCUUUAGUCGGAGCUCAGUUCUUAGAAAACAUCAAGAAAUUCAUUCAGGAGAGAAACUAUAUAAAUGUCUGGAGUGUGGACUGAGAUUUAAUCGGAAUUUAGAUCUUACACGACAUCAAAAAAUUCACAUUGGAUGGAAGCCAUUCAAAUGUUUGGAGUGUGGAAAGAGCUUCAGCCAGAGAACGGCCCUUAGUGUACAUCUAAGAACUCACACAGGAGAAAAGCCAUUUAAAUGUUUGGAGUGUGGAAAGAGCUUCAGUCAGAACUCAGCUCUUACGAGACAUCAAAAAACGCACACAGGAGAGAAACCAUAUAUAUGUUUGGAGUGUGGAAAGAGCUUCAGCCAGAGAAUACACCUUCGUGUACAUCUAAGAAUUCACAGAGGAGAGAAACCAUUUAAAUGUUUGGAGUGUGGAAAGAGUUUUAGUCAGAGCUCAAAUCUUAUGCAACAUGAAAGAAUUCACACAGAUCCAGAGGUAGGCAAUGAGCCACCACAACUAUACAAUGCUGGUGGUGUUCCCUCAUCAGAUGCAGAUGGUGGAGGCCGCUGGCAAGACUGUGGUUCUGGAAGGCAGAAAGGUGAUAGAGGAGGAGAUUCACCCCAAGCUGAGGAGGAGCCCCUAUUACGGACUGAUGCAAAUAAACUGAGUGGAGUAACUUGUGGGCAGGGACAAGAACAGUGGGCAACUAACUGGCUAGACUUUUCAGCUGCCACAUCUUGGGUGGGCCAUCAAAUGCAGGUUUGGCAAGAUGGUCCAAUAUAGGACUACUUUGGAGGAACAGACUAACCAAAAGUGGACUGUAUAAUGCGUAGCACCCUAUAGGCCAGGGGUGGGGAACCUUGGCACUCCAGCUGUUGAACUACAACUCCC